ACUUCCUGCAGCUCCAGUUCGAGUAUUUUUGUCAGAGAUGAGUGCCUCAGCUGUGGACACGCAGACACUCUGUCUGUUUGAUGUGGACGGAACUUUAACCGCGGCUCGGCAGAGAGCCACUCCACACAUGCAGGAGUUCCUGAGUAAACUGAGGCAGAGGGUUCGAGUGGGUGUGGUCGGAGGAUCUGAUCUGAAUAAGAUCAAAGAGCAGCUGGGAGACGAUGUAAUCGAGAGAGUGGAUUAUGUUUUUGCUGAGAACGGUUUGGUGGCUUACAGAUUCGGACAGCUCCAUUCUGUACAGAGUAUCCAGGCGUAUCUUGGGGAGGAGAUUUUACAGGAUUUCAUAAAUUUCUGUUUAGACUACAUGGCCAAGAUCAAACUGCCCAAGAAACGAGGAACGUUUAUCGAGUUCCGUAACGGGAUGUUGAACAUCUCCCCUAUCGGCCGGAGCUGCAGUCAGCAGGAGAGGAUGGAGUUCUUUGAGCUGGAUAAGAAAGAGAAGAUCCGAGAGAAAUUUGUGGCUGUCCUGAAAGAACAGUUCGGGAGAAGAGGACUGGCUUUCUCCAUCGGAGGACAGAUCAGCUUCGACGUGUUUCCAGAAGGUUGGGAUAAGCGUUAUUGUUUGGGAAUCGUAGAGAAGGACGUGUACCAGACCAUCCAUUUCUUCGGUGAUAAAACCAAACCGGGAGGAAACGAUUAUGAGAUCUACAUGGACCCCCGAACCGUCGGCCACGAGGUCGCGUCACCGGACGACACGCGGCGGAUCUGUGAGGAGCUCUUCUUCAGCUGAGUUCUCCUCCAGUUCUCCUGAAGGAACUGCGCUGAGGCUCUGUGCCUUUAAUCAUCAUGUUACUGGAAGUGUGGGGACUCUGUGGUGCUGGUGUUUACCUCCAAAUAAUCCUUUAAUCAACUUUAAAUCCUCUCUCUGUCUCAGUUCCCGACCUUACACAUCAACAUGACACACAGGACUCGGGAGUGUCUCAGGAGUCGAGCUGCAGAGUCGGAGUUCCGUCUGGAAUUCUGUCCCUCAGUGUGUACAGACAUUCCUCUGUGUUACUCCAACAAUCCACAACAUCACUGUCUGACCACGUGUCCACUGUUAAUCCAGCAAACUCUCGUCUGGUCUUUAGAUUUGUGAACAGGACACGGGUCUGGUCACACACACACACAGAUCUGUGUAAUAGACACAAAUAAAGUAUUAAAAUGUCCUCUCACAUGCCAUAUUAUUACACACACACACUUCACUUAUAAAGUUUUCUUCAUCAGAAAAAUAAGAGUAAAUAUUAAAUUAACUCAUGAAUGACUUUUCCAACUAAUAAUAAUGUGUGUGUGUGUGUAAGGUUGAGAGAACACAUGGAGUCAUUUCCUUUAUGUCAUGUGGAAGAGACACGGAGUCGUUCUGCAUGUCCGUGAUUAUUUUUAAAUAAAUAAAGCUGUGUGAUUUAUAUCGAAAUGAAAUGUCAUGGGUUUUUUCUUCAAGUGAUAAAAUUCAGACCUCAUGCCUUACUUCAUUAUUCUUUAUUUUACAUUCUCCAAAAGGUGUAAUGGUUAUGGGAGACUACACACACACACACACACGUGGAGAUCACUGAGACUCCACAAGUCUGUACUAAUGACCACUCAGACCCAGAAAGUCCCAAAACUCUUCACUUUCUUAAAGUCAGGAUAAAAAAAUGAUGGAG